AUGCCAUCACAACUGGUACGAAGGCUUUCUAUGCAAAACGACUCUACAUAUUCCGCAACCGAAUAUCGUCAACGAUUUUUAUCACCACGUCGAGAAGAUUACAAUCCACAUGCAGCUUUACCGAAACUGAACUCUUCACGACCACCAUCAGGUCGUCCGUUUCUUGCUUGUGAUGUUGAUCCAAAAACAGCCUUAACUUCAUCUGAAUAUCGUUUAUGUUAUGAAAAUUAUCAUCCGAAACGACCCUAUGUCUUUCAUGCAAGACCAAGUCAUGUCUUUGAUCAUGUUCCAUUGCCACCUAACUAUUUGAUUUCAUCCCGAAUAGCAAUAAAUCAUUCGUCUUUAAAAGAUACUGAAUAUCAAGAACGAUUUCCUAAUUAUCCUUCGUUUAUACCAGGACAUGCACUUUUACCACCACAUAUUCCUAGCAAACCAAAUACGCAAUCGGAUACACAAUUAAAACGAGAUCAUAUGUCACGUAGUCAAUAUUUUGACCAACUCAUUGUAGAUAGUGAUAAGUUAAAUGGUGGACAACGACGUAUGGGUACUAGUGAACAGCGUAAUGCUUUUCAAUGGCCUUAUUAUGUCUCUUCGUCUCAACAGAAAACAAAACGAGAAGAAGUAUCUACGCCUGCCUAUCAACCAUAUUAUGUGCCUAGAAAUAUUUAUGAACCUCUACCAACCGUACAACGAUCAACAGUCAACGGUUUCAAUUGA